CUCUGGAGACUGUGAAGCUCUACGACGGGUUUCCUGUCUCCGAGAGGCGAGACUCAGACUGCGACUCAGCGGACUCACUCAGUGCUGGGAGAGACGCGGUGGAGGAAGGGUGUGGGCUUCGCUCAUUCCUCGGCGGCUCCCUCGCUUUCCUAACACCCUGACCUCACGCUCUGUGACACCAUCGGCUAGCGAACACCACCACCACGAGGCAGCGCGUGACACGGCGCCCUGAAGAUGGCGAAGCGUGGCACCCGGAGAGGCGGCGCGGCGGUGACCACGUGACGACUUGUAAACAAAACUCGUGACCAAAGGAGAGCAGAAAAAAAAAAGAUAAACAUUGACCACAGUGCCAUCGGACCAGUGCUUCGUUACCAUCUUCUUGCUCCAUACACUCUGUUCAUCUCCUCGUUGUGUGUUAGUCCACUAUUUCUAUAUUUACAGUGCCAGUGACACUACCACUGUCACACUGCACACUACGCCAAGGCAGCACUUACCACGGCAAAACACGGGAGAAUAAUAAGAGGUGGGAACUCUAUAGCCAUCCUAGGGAACUCUGGUAACUUUACAUCCUGUCAUUGGCGUGUGGAUGAUUUUGAGAAACUGUGAAGCGGAGAGAGAGUAAAAAACGAUCUACAUGAAGAGACUGUAUGACUGGUUCCUUCCAGUUCACCAAGGUUGUGAGGUGUUGUGGCGUUGUGUCGUGGCAGGGGAGCGUGCACCAAACGGGUUACAAAAAUAGUUGUGAGUCUUUUAACGACUGUCUGCAUGGAGUUCAAACGAUUCUAGUCACGGUAUGUAUAUUUAUCUCUGCGUUCCCGAGUGACAGUGAAGCAUUUUUAAGAUUUAUGUUCCUCGUGAGUUGGCGCUCUUUUCUCACUCGAACGUCUCUUAUAUUAGUAGAAUCAAAUGAACGAGAACUUUUUAACUUUGGUCAGUAUUUAAAACGACCAGAACGCAAUACGAAAUCAGCAUCGCUCGCCUUCCUUCCUGCGAUCUUGAAAUAUAUUAGUUCUGUUUCUGCGGUAAGUGUGACUGUUGAACCUCGCCCAUGAACAAGAAACAGAGGAAGAGAAGAAAAGGAAGAAAAAAAUAAGGAAGAUCAUAAUUACACCGAGCGAGAGGGGAGGAAGUGAAGAAAGGAGAGAAGGACGAAAGCUACAACACUGAAGACAACCGACUGAACUGAAGACAACCAAGUGUGUUUAUUUGAAUGUGUCAGCUGAACAUUUAAAAUCCUACUUGAAUAAACCACCACCACCACCACCACCACCACCAUCACCACCACCACUACUACGACGACGACGACGAGCACCUAAGCCUUCCUCACGUUUUCCCAACCACCUGCCAAGACCCCUUAUACCACCACCUGUCACCACCACCACCACCUGUCAUCACCACUACCACCUGUCAUCACCACCACCACUACCACCUGUCACACCGGCCUCAUUUACACCGCUCACCUGUGAAUCACCACCACUACCACCACCACCACCACCACUGUUACUACUGUUACCUCAAGAUAAAAGGGGUGAUGGUCCCCCUUACGUCCUGUUGCUGAUGAUGACACUGCGACCAUCACCACCACUACCCCCACCAGCACCGCCACCACCAGACCUGCUACCCUAACCCUUUCCUUCCCUGCCUUACCUUACCCUCAACCUAACCUAAUCUUACCUUACCCAGCCCAUCCUUACCUCAGCUAGUUUAACCCAACCUCACCUAACCUAACCUCACCUAAACAUACAUACCUUACCUUAACAAACCUUACCUUACCUAACCUAACUUAACCUAACCUUACCAAACCAAGUAACCUUUUACAGCCACCACCACCACCACCACCACCAUGGCGGCCCACCAGCUCGUAGCAACACUGAUCUUCCGCCUUAUGCUGCCCAUUGUACUGACGAUAUGUGCGGUGCUGCGGUUCAGUCUGAUGUCCUUCGCCUACCUGGGCAUGGUGAUGGUGGUGCCGCUGCUGCCUGCCCCGACCUUCCACACUAUGAGAGGACACACGGGGCGCUUCCUGAGGGUCCUUGUGGGCCUCAGCAUAGUCAACUUCCUGGUGCAGUUUAUUUUCCAGAUCGUCCUUCUCUCCUUACCACCCUAUGCGUCCUUCUUGCCCCCAUGCGAGUUUUUGGAGAAGUUGCUGCGUCACUUGGGUCUGGUGAGGCUGGACGAGGUAAGCGAGGUGGAUGGAACACGCUGGCUACUUCCCGAGUGCAUCCUGGUGGUGUUCUCUCCGGGGGUGUUCGUGGCGUGUCUGAAGCUCACCACCCACACCUCCCCGCACCUCCACCUCCCCGCACACGACCCAGAAGGCGAAUCACACAAGAAUAUUGGUCUGAGGAUUCUGAAUGCUGUUGGCACCUACCUGGCCGUGGCGGUGAUAGGGGCGGCCGGGGUUAUGGUUCCUUCCCUGCUGUCCGCCAUCUACUUCCUCGUUUUCGUCGUCACCGCCACAUACUGUAGUCUUAACAAUCCACUGGGACGUCGUUUUGGAUACGUGUGUCGGGGCGUGAUGGUGGUGGCGGGCGUUCAUCUGCUUUGCCUCUAUGUGUACCAGACGCAGUGGGCGCAACACUACUUGCCGCCCGCCUCCCUCGCAGCCAGGUUGCUGGGAAUGACGGCUGUGGUGGAGACUGACUGCCAGGACCCACGCUCGGCGCCGCUUGCCACCGAUGAAUGGUCCAGAUUCCUAAACCCGGUGCUGCUGCUGCUCCUCUACUACGUCUUGUCAUUCGAGUCGCAGUUUCUUCUCUCCAAUAAGGCGGCACUGCUGUCACCCGUGGGCUCCAGCGUGAAGUACCUGAUUCGCCGCAGCACCAUUCGAAGCCGCUCAAUCAAGUCUCGACGCUCAUCUGCCUCCGAAGCCUCUCGCUCACGCCGGACCUCAUUCACCCAUCAGUCCCGCCGCCGUCUGCUGGCAGAGACUCAACUGCAGGAGGGUGGGGUUGUGGCGGUGGGCAGCAGCCUGGGCUCGGGUCUUGGCUUUUGCCAGGACUCGGAUCCCAGCUGGGACGCCCCUGUGGCCCUGUGCCGCAGCCGCAACCCAUCCAUGCGAGACUCUGCCUGCAGCAAUAACACCUCAGUCCGCAGCAUCAGGUCCUCCUAUGGCCCCAAUGGUUCCCUGCCCUCCAAACUGUGUCCCAGAGCUUUCCAGAUUGAAGACAGAACAGAGAGAAGUGGAUGUCUGCUGUCUCCUCCCCCCUCCACCACCACCCAGCCUGAAGGGAGUGAGGGCACCAGGGUGGAGGGGGACCUGGAGGGCAGCACGGUUGGUGUUGGUGUGGAGGGCGGCGCUGGUGGGGACAAGGGAGAGCAGGAGGAGGAGCACCCCCUUCAGAGACUCAUCUAUCCCCUGAUCAGUGUGUUCCAGCUGGUGAUUCGCUCAUCAUACAUCGCCACCAACAUUGUCAUGAUGGCGUGGAGCAUCACCUACCACAGCUGGCUCACCUUUGUGCUGCUGCUGUGGGCCUGUGUGCUGUGGAUGAUUCCUAACCAGCGUGCUGCAAUGCUGCGCUGUUCUCCCUUCCUUGUCAUCUAUGCUGAGCUACUAUUGCUGAUUCAGUACAUCUACUGCAUGGACCUGACAGAGGAGGAGUUGCCCAGUCAGGUGGAGGCCGUUAACCUCAGCCAGAUUGGUCUGGUUAAGUACCCCAAGCUGCCGUGUAAGCCCCUCAUGGUCAAGGUCCUGUACACCACCAUGUUCUGGCUCACACUGCGGCAGUAUGUUCAGGAAGUAGUCGAGGUCACCAAGCGGGAGAUGUCCUCUGCAGCUGCUCUCCAGCCCUUCACUGUGGCCGUCAGCACCACCACCUCUGGCCAGCCUGUCACCACUCUCAUCUCCUCCAGUGAGGACCAGACAUCCUCCCCGGUGAUGGAACGCAUCGGCCAGUGGGUGCGCGGACUCCUUGUCAAGUUUUGGAUCUGGCUGGUGGCCAUCAUGCUCUUCAUCUUCGGCAUCCAGGGCUCUGAGGUGGUCAUCUUCCGGAUCAUGUACAUGGUGCUCUUCCUCGUCUUCACCAUCACCUUCCAAUUGUCGUAUUCAGCAUGGCGUAACUUCCUGUAUGGUUUCUGGCUGACGGUGAUCGUGUACCAGAUGAUUGUGCUGGUCCUCACCUACACCUACCAGUUCGAUAACUUCCCACAGUACUGGGAAAACUACACCUACAUCCCUAUUCAGCUGCAGAAGGACAUGGGGCUGGAGGUGUACGACACAGGCCGUCUCUUCAUCAAGCUCAUGACACCCACCUUCUUUGUCAUCGUCACCAUCAUCCAAGUGCACUACUUCCACAAGGACUUCCUGGAACUCUCAGACAUAGAAAAGAUACCUGACCAGCUGCCCAUAGUGAAGGAAACCUCCAAGAAAGCCACCACCAAACCCAAGCCAGCAGUACAAAGCCAUCCAAACCUGCUUGAGUCCUGCACGUUGGAGGACAUCAGAGGGGCGCUGGAACACUAUGGCACGCGUCUGCUGGGGUGGCUGCAGGAGGGCUUUGCCUCAGCGCUGGAGCUUGGGUGGCGGUUCCUUGAGAUUCACCUCAUGAAGAUUGUCCUUGGCUCAGUCAUCACACUUGCCUGCUAUGAUGUAUGUCCUCUUCACUGGGCCUUCGUGGUGCUUGCCUCAGUGGCCGUGCCUUGCCCCGAGAGGAUCCAGAUUGCCAUAUGCAGGACCUGUAUUUUUCUUGCAUCCCUCCUACUCAUUGUACGCAUGAUCUACCAGAUUGAUUACAUUGACCCAGAGGAGUGGGUGGCAGACUGCUCGAUGUUCAACAAUGAGACCACAAAACCAUAUCCUCUGAACACCACAGCAGACAAUGCGCUGUGGGUCGGCCUUGCUAAGACAGACAACCUGCCCAAGUACCUCAAGGGAUACAUAGGCAUCAUUGUGGUGAUCACCGUGCAGGCCGUGGUAGGCAUCCGACAGCAAUACCACCGCAAGGUCACCGGCCUGCCCCCUCCGCCCCCUGGCGUCCUGUUCCCCAAUGUGACACGUGCCGUGGCUGACGAUGGCGUGGUGGAGUGCUUGAAAUUCCUCCUCAACUAUGGCUUCUACAAGUUUGGUGUGGAGAUUUGCCUGAUGAGUCUGGUGGCAGUGAUUGGGACGCGUCUGGACGUGUACUCACUCUUCUACGCUGCCUGGCUGUGUUACUUCUACAACAGGGAGAGGAAGGGAAUUGCUCGGGUGUGGAAGGGCUUCGUGGUGUUCAUCACGGUACUGCUGCCCAUCCAGUACCUCAUGUGUGUGGGCAUCCCGCCAGGCAUCUGUACAGAUUACCCGUGGGCUGGAGAGAUGGAUCCUGAGCUGAGGGAAUGGCUCUUCUUCCCAGACUUUGUGAAGCCACCCGAGUCUUACAAGAUUGUCACGGACUUCUGCCUCUUGAUCUUUGCCGUGAGUCAGCAGCGAGUCUUUGAGAUAGAGUUUGCUGAUGGGGCUGACUCGUACGAGGGUGGCAGCAACAAGGAGAUAGUGUACGAGGACCAGGCUUCCCUCGUUAAUCCACUUCCAGACUUCGUUACCUAUGCCAGGAACUACCUGGACAUGGUGAAGGUGGUCAUCUUUUUCACCUCUUACUGGGUGACCCUCGCUGUCAUGUUCCUGGGGGGCACCAAUCGGGUGACUCUCUUUGCCAUGGGCUACGUCAUGGGUGCCUUCAUCUUCCUGUGGCAGGGCAACGAGUUCUACCUGAGGCCGCUCAAUGUCAUCCUGCGCCUAUGGAACUUCCUCCUGGGGUACAAUGUCGGGGUCAUUGUGGUGAAGACGCUCCUGCAGUUGCUGGGAUGUGUGUUCCUGCGGCCCCUCGCCCUCAACACCUGCUGGCUCGUCCAGCUUCUAGGGAUUGCCUGUGUCAAAAAGUUUGGAGACACUUCUGACGAGGAGAUCGUUGAAGACUUGAAGAAGGACUGUGCCGUCCCCAAGUCUGAAGCUGGUCUUUUAUGGGACGGCAUCUGCUUCGGCUUCCUUCUGAUGCAGCGGCGACUCUUCUGCUCAUUUUACUUCCAGCACCUGGUGACAGAGAUGAAGGCACAGACCAAGCUUGCCUCCAGAGGUGCUGAGCUGAUUGCUGAGUUGAUGCAGGAGGAAAUAGCAGAGCAGCAGGCAGCAGAGCGGGAGAUGCUCAACAAGAUCAAGGAGAAGAUGGAGCGCAUCAAGGCAUCACAGCAGCUCAUACAGAACCAGCAGAUCCGGGAGCCAGCCAGCCACUACGAAGCCAACACCUCGGAACAGUUUUCCAAUGUCAGUAGUCCCCUUCCCUUGGAGAUGACCUCGUCCCCUCCCCUGCCCCCCUCCGCAGGUGUGGAUGACGUGCACGGCCUGUCGUCCCCCCGUCCCCGGGCCCCCAGUGCCACGCCUGGGGCCCCCACCCCCUCCUCCGCUAACCUCACCUUCUCCCUGGAUGGUUACUUGGAGCCAACGCGUCUGUCCCUCACCACCCCUCACUUCUCACACCAGCCCAUCACCUCCCCUUCAGAAGAAUCUUUCCCCUUCUUCUCCCCUCCUCCAUACCCUGCCCUGAGGGACCGCCACGCUCCCACUCGUGCCUCCGCCCCCGUCACCCACGACAUUGGGCCACCAUGGCUGAGAGAACACCUGGCCUACCACCGCCCCUCCGUCUCCACCACGUCGCCUGCCAUGUCCCACCACACCUCAAUACGGUCUGGCGACUAUUACAUGUUUGAGGAUUAUGGAGACUAUGAAGGACUCGCACCACUGGAGAUACCUGAGGAGCCGCCACAAGGGGACACCACGCAGGGAUUGACAGUUUCAGAGCUGCUGAGUUCUGCGCUGAAGACAGACAUCGUGGAGGCGGCUGAGGAGGCUCGGACCGCCCGCCUCUCAGAGUCUGAUGCCACUUCCCGCCGCUCAUCUUAUGUGAGGCGGCCGGUUCGACGCACCCUGUCUGGCCGCUCGCAGGUGUCCAUGGCAUCCCGGACUUCACGAACAACAUCUAGGAGUGUGCGCAUUCAUCCCCGACCUCGCUCACCCCCAGCUGUUCCUCACUCGCCCCCACCCCUGCCUCUCUCCUCACCUCCACGACGGUCUCCCUUGGCAUCUGGUCGGCCACCCCCACCCUCCACCCUGCCGCCCCUGCCUCCCAUUCCCCAGCUGGAUGGCGGGUACCUGGCUGAUGAUUCCACUGCACAUGACUACUCUGAGAUUGAACCUGCUGAGCCUCAAGGCCUUGCUCCCAUCCUGCGGAAGAUUGUUCAUUGGGCUAAGUUUGCCUGGGAAUUCCUGGAAUCUCUGAUGAUCUCGGCAACACAGCUGCUGAACCGCCUCUCCAAAGAUUACCGCUACGUGGCGUGCUCUCUCUCAGAAGAGAAGAAGAGGCUCAAGGAGACAGAAGGGUUCAGGGUCAUGCCUGGGGCGCCGCCACAACCACCACAGCCCGAGACUGGCUGGUCAGAAGUCCCUCUCAACCAAAAUGGGUAUGGUGGACAGGAGCCUUUGGAGAUACGAGUGGAGAAGGCAAGUGAGGACAAGACAGAUGACAGUGUGGACCUGGUGGACAUCGGAGAAUCCCAAGAGAAAGACUUCAAGAAGGAACAGCCUCCUCUUGUCAAACUCAUUAUUGCCAUGUGGUAUGCCAUCCUCUCACGGUCUGAGUUGGUGUGCUACAUAAUGAUAUUCGUGAACCAGAUCAAAUCAGCAAGCGUCUUGUCACUGCCACUGCCAUUCCUGGUGUUCCUGUGGGGCUCCCUCAGUGUGCCACGCCCCACCAAGUCCUUCUGGAUCACUGUCAUCGCCUACACUGAGAUUAUUGUGGUGGUGAAGUACUUGUUCCAGUUUGACUUCUUUCCCUGGAAUCAAGUGGCACUUGACGCCCCCUUUUGGCCUCCACGCAUCGUUGGUGUUGAGAAGAAGAACAGAUAUGCUGUGUACGACUUGGCGCUGCUGCUGGUGGUGUUCUUCCACAGAUUUAUGCUGAAGAGCCUUGGAUUAUGGAAGGAAUCCUCAGACAUGACCCCCACCGUUACUGCCCGUACCUCACCUGCUCCCACCCCUACAUCCUCCUCCCCAUCCUCCACACCCCAGGGAACAAGGAAAGGGGAGGAAUCCACCCUGUCUGCUCCAACCUCUAAGGAGGAUGAGGAUGAGUCAACACUCUCCUACACCAAGGACACCUCUCUGUUGUCCAAAGACACAAGAGAAGAGGAGUCGCUGUUCUCCAAGGAUGACACUAAGGGCAGCAGCUCCCUCACAUCCAAGGAUUUCAAGGACAUUUCUCUGACAUCCACCGGCCACACACGGGACAGCUCCCUGCCUACCACACUGCAGGAUACUUCCCUGACAUGGCAGGAGCAAGAGAGUUCUCUGCUACUGAAUGCCAAUGAUGAGUCCUUGAUGACUCGUGCUUCAGAGCCUCUCCCAGGAUCCUCUCCCUCACACUACCUGCCACUGUCUGAGGGCAGCCAGACACCCCAAGCAGAGUCUGACACGACAUACCAGCAGCAAUUAGGAAGUGAAACGGCAGACUAUGCAGAGACUUGGAUGCCGGGUCAGCAUGCCAGGCACUCAUCCCUGGUGUCUCAGGUGCCGGGUGGAGCAGAAACCACAAAGCCUCGCACCUCCUCCCUGGUGGUGCGGCCCGAACACCGCCGCCACCUCUCGGAGGGCUCUCGCGUCUCCUUCAGCCAGCGCGCCCCAUCCCUCACCUCUCACUGCACACACAUCUCUCAGCCCUCCCAGUCCGGUGCUUCAGACUCUGUGCAUGUGACCUGUACUGUCUGCAACCUCCAGGCACUGAGGGACCUCCAGAAACCAGACAUGGAAGAAGUGAAAGAGAACUUGCAGCAGCUGCCUAAGAUUGCAAAGGGAGGUGCUGAGCGUCAGGUCAACAAGGUGCGAGGGUUCCUGGACAGGCUGCUUCAUCAGGAGUCUCAGGUUUCGGUGGAUGUCUACGCCUACAUGUUUUUCUGUGACUUCUUUAACUUCUUUGUCCUCAUCUUUGGCUUUGCAGCAUUUGGGACUCAGCAGGGGGAUGGAGGUGUCAAAGCUUACCUGGAGGACAACCGAGUGCCCAUUCCCUUCCUGGUGAUGCUGAUCCUGCAGUUUGGCCUCAUCAUUGUGGACCGGGCUCUGUUCCUCAGGAAGUUCAUCUUAGGCAAACUAAUAUUUCAGGUUAUCCUCACAUUUGGGAUACAUAUAUGGAUGUUCUUUAUUCUGCCAGCUGUAACAGAAAGGAAGUUCAAUGCCAAUCGGGCACCACAGAUCUGGUACAUGGUGAAGUGCCUCAACCUUCUCCUCUCAGCCUACCAGAUCCGCUGUGGCUACCCAACCAGGAUCCUUGGCAACUUCCUCUGCAAACAAUACAACUACCUCAAUCUUUUCUCAUUCAGACUAUUCAUGAGUGUGCCAUUCUUGUUUGAGCUGCGAACACUGAUGGACUGGAUCUGGACAGACACAAGCAUGAGCAUUGGUGACUGGGUGAAGAUGGAGGAUAUCUUCUCCCACAUCUUCAGGCUCAAGUGUGAGCGGCGAGCAGAAAUUGAGUAUCCCCAAGCACGUGGAGAGGGCAAGCGCAAAAUCAUCAAGUAUGGCAUGGGUGGCUGUGCAUUGUUUUGGGUGAUAGCCUUCAUCUGGUUCCCACUCGUGCUGUUUGCCCUCAGCAACACGGUGGGUCAGGCAAACCCGCCUUAUGACGUCACCGUCCAGAUCACCGUUGGUGCCUACCAACCAAUAUUCCGCAUGACAGCCCAGCAGCAGAGCCUCUCACAGUUCAGCCAGAAUGACUGGUACUCCUUCAACAACCACUACCUCCAGGACCGUGAGGCUCAGACCUUCCUCAGCAACUAUGACUAUCCAGACGUGGUGGUUGGAGAGCUCAAUGGCAACUCCAAUGCCAUCUGGGGCAUCUCACCCCCAGCACAAAAACGACUCAUCACUGAACUCCAGAGCAACCACACCAUUAAACUUAAGCUUGACUGGACAGUAAAACGACCAUCAAACAGCCCUGAUAUUGCCUCUGAAUGCAAGGCAAAAAGGGAGGUGAAUCUUGAGGCUUACAAAGGACAAGUGAGGAAUCCUGUGAGGGAGAAAUUGGUUCGUAUCUUGGAGGGGGAGUUGGACCAAAACCCAGUCUUGAUCCCCAAUCUGUUCCCAAAGUUUCUCAAGAUAACUAACAAGGGUCAGGCUAUAUACAUUCCUCAGCUUGAAGAUGAAUCUGAAGGCUAUGUAGACUUGAAACUGACCUUGCAGAGUGCAGGUCUUGGUAACUUGGUCUCAAGGCAGAAGUGGUGGGAGGUACAAGAGAACUGUGAAAAUGGAUAUUUUGGCUGGCUGCCACAUUACAGUCAGUGCCGCUUCCUCACCAUCUACACUUUUAAUGACAAGACUUUCCCUAAAGGCCUUAGCUUCAUCUCUGGUGGAGGCAUUGUGGGGAUGUACACCACACUGGUGCUGGUGGCAGGGAAGAUGCUGCGAGGCUAUUUUGCUGGCUCGGCACUCAAGAUCAUGUUUGAUGACUUGCCAAAUGUCGACAGAAUAUUGCAGCUGUGCCUGGAUAUCUACCUGGUGAGGGAAAGCAGUGAGUUAGAACUGGAGGAGGAUCUCUUUGCCAAGCUGGUCUUCCUCUUCCGUUCACCCGAAACUCUCAUCAAGUGGACUCGCCCUCCAGAGGAGGAAACGCCUGAGGGAGAGGAAGGGGACCCACAGUUGGAGUGAUUUGUUCCUCAACUUUAAUAACCAGCAUUCCCUUGGGCUUGCUGCUCCCUUCAAGUCCCCUCACCAGGCAUUCCCUUGAAAGUGGAGUCAGCUUAGCCCAUGAGUGCACAACUCUUUUAGUCAGCUCACUGUUGCAUUACUUGAUGUUGUGAAAGCCAUAGAGAGAUAGUAUAGGGUUUCUUUGGAGGUUUGUUGAUGGACUGCAGCCAGUGGGAGCUGAGUUGCUUUACCCAAGCUUCAGCUAUUGUUGUCCUGUAUUUGUGGCGGAGAAUAGAAAUUGGUACUUGUUAACCCCUUACGUGCGACCAGCCUACAUAUCGGUGGUGAAAUUUGAAACUGCAAUGCCGAUCAGCCUAUAUAUAUAUCAAGGGUUGUAAAAAAGACUGGCGGUAAGAGGUAGCAAGCUGGCAUUAGCACCAUUAGAAAGAGCAUUUUCUGUAGGCCAGGACGAACUAUUGUAAUGCUGGCACGCACUGCAUACUAGCAGUCCACCCACCCCCCUUCCCCACGUGAUUCACUGAGGGUCUGGUCAAUCCUGUCCCUCCCUCCUCCCUCCCUCUUCCCGCCUCCUCUCCCCUUCCUAGGCCUUCCCUUCCUUUGUGUGUGUCAUUGGAGGGUUGUCUGGGCGCCGUGUUAACUUCUGGCGCGCACAUAUACACGUACAUAUGCACACAAAACUUUGUGUGCACCAGAAAUGAGCCAUGAAUUUAGUUUUUUUUUGUGUGUGUGUGGUUGUAGGAGGUGAUAGCUGUAUGAUGCAGACAUACACGUGGUGUUAUGUUGUUUCCUGUGUUACACCACUCAUUCUAAGAAUGUGGUGCAACUUAUCGGGGCAUGUGUAUGCAUUCAAUAUGCACCUUUUUUUUUGUUAUACGUAUAUCUGAGUACAACCAGAGGAGGUGAAACCCCGUUUUCUGUUGGCCCACAGGGAGGAUAUUUUCUUCAUUAUUCAGACUUUGGCGGCCCGCCACGGCCGAACCAGAGCACUUACAAAGUUGCGGAUUUUUAUUUCAGAUGCAGAAAAAUAUGAUCUACAACCCCAUAAGAAAAAAAAAAAAAUCCCUUGGUUGUAAAAUACCCGGAAAUGGUUGGCCAGGGGGUGAAGGAAGGUAAAAAAAAAUAAUCAUACGUAAGGGGUUGACAUUGUAUUUCACAUUUGGUGGGAAGAAUUAUUCUAAAAGGAGGAGACAAGGAAGCAAUACAGAUUGUUAGGUGAAUUGGAAAAGAAAGUAAAUAGCUAAAUUCAGUGAGGAAGGUUUGUAUAAAUAAAGUAGAAUUGUUAAAAUGAUUUUAACAUAUAGAAGAAAGGAAAGAUGGCUACACAAGUGACUUACUAGGUUAUAUAGAAUUAGUAAUAUUUAUUUAUUUAUAAAAAAAAAUACUAAGGUGAGGCUCGUAAGAAGAGGGUAGAGCAAUAUAUUCAGCUUGUCUCGUGGCAAUAGUGUCGCCUACAUAAACACAGCUUGGUGCAAUGUGACUUUGGGUCCACACUUGACUCUAGCAAAUGCAUCUGUGUAGCAAAGGGUGGGCACUCCUGUGCCACAGCCUCAGUAUUAAUCAAGGCAUGCUGUAUGAGUACUUACCUAGAUGUAGAUUUCAAGUGUGCCUAAUGUUUUUGUGCUAUCAGAAAUGCUGACUCUUUUAUACGGUAGCUUUCCUACAAUAUUUUUUAGGGUUUAACAACCUUUAUUUAACAGAGAAGAGAAGCUAGUAACGAUUGGAUUACAGACAUUAUUAGCAUGAAAUAUCUUCAGAAUAAUUAAAUUAUGCAACUUUUACACUACAAUUUGUCCAGUGAUGACUUUCUCCUUGCCCUGAGCUUCACUGUGCGGUAUGUGUCACAGUGCAGCAAUUAGUACACAGCUGCUGUUUUCAUGGGAUGACAGUUGUGGAACCUAUUAAAACAAAUAAAAUUUUAUAAGAAUUACUGACACAUAUUUAGGUUAAAAUAAAUCUUUAAAAAAAAUGA